GCCCGCUCCGCCGCCAUCUCGCGGCCCGGCCCCCGCCCCGCCCGCUACAUUUCCCGGGAUCCCAGAGCCCGGCACCGCUCCGCAGGCACGGGAAGGACGGGACCGGCACCGCAGGUCCAUCUCACCAUAUAGUGCCAAAGGAAAGAGGAUGGAAGCAGGAAACACUGCCAAGGAAAGAGUCCUCAUUACUGGCGGAGGGGGUUAUUUUGGCUUCCGUUUAGGUUGUGCCAUAUAUCAAAAGGGAGUUGAUGUGAUUCUCUUUGAUGUCGUGAAACCACUUCAAGCCGUGCCAGAGGGAAUAAAGUUCAUGCAGGGGGAUAUCUGUUGCCUCUCUGAAGUGGAAGAUGCUCUCAGAGAUGUAAUCUGCGUAUUCCAUAUCGCUUCCUAUGGAAUGUCUGGCAGGGAGCAGCUGAACCGAAAACUUAUAGAAGAUGUUAAUGUGAAAGGAACAGAAAAUGUCAUCCAAGCCUGCAAGAGCACAGGAGUGUCGAGUCUGGUUUAUACAAGCACAUACAACGUGAUAUUUGGAGGGCAGAUUAUAGAAAAUGGGGACGAAUCUCUGCCUUACCUACCUCUUCACCUCCAUCCCGAUCACUACUCCCGAACCAAAUCUCUAGCUGAAAUGAAGGUGCUGGAGGCAAAUGGGGCUGAGCUUGGAAAUGGGAAAGGUGUAUUAAGGACUUGUGCUCUGCGACCAGCAGGCAUCUACGGGCCUGGAGAACAGAGACACCUUCCAAGAAUAGUCAGUUAUAUUGAAAGGGGACUGUUUAAAUUUGUCUAUGGAGAUCCUCUUAGUUUGGUAGAAUUUGUACAUGUAGACAACCUGGUUCAGGCUCAUAUCCUUGCCUUUGAGGCCCUCAAAGCCAAAAAGCAGCACGUUGCUGCAGGCCAAGCUUAUUUUAUUUCAGAUGGCAGGCCUGUAAAUAACUUUGAAUUUUUCCGACCCUUAGUGGAAGGUUUGGGUUACAAGUUCCCAACCUGUCGCCUCCCUCUCUCCCUUGUCUAUUUUUUUGCAUUCCUUACUGAAGUAGUUCAUUUUCUUGUAGGGCACAUUUAUAAUUUUCAGCCCCUCCUGACUCGCACAGAGGUUUACAAAACUGGUGUCACUCAUUAUUUUAGUAUGGAGAAGGCCAGGAAGGAGCUGGGGUAUGAGCCUCAGCAGUACAGUCUGAACGAAGUGGUGGAAUGGUUUAGAUCCCAGGGAUGUGGACGAAAGCCAAGAAAUUAUACCAUUAUGCAGCUUGUUAGGGAUGGAGGACUGCUUUUCCUGCUGAUUGCUGUGAUGGUCUCGUGGUUUCCAUCUGCAGUUACAGUUUCACUCUAAAAGAUGAAAUGCUGAGGACAGAAUUUAGUUACGUUCUCUGUGUACUCUUGAUUUUGACAGACAGGUAAUAAAGAUUUUUUUUUAAAAUAGAUAUUUGUGUGAUUCGGGUAAAUAUCUUUAAACAGUUCUAUCCCCAAGGAAUGGAACUGUUGAGUAAAGAGGUGUCAUUUUUAUAUAUAGUUUCUCUUCAAAGUAAAACUGAUCAGAUCACUAACAAGAUGAAGCUCAGUAUUACUGCAAACAGCAUUUUAUUCUCAGGUACAACAGCACACUACAGUGAAUGGAACAAAUGUCCUUAGGCUGGCUCUUCUUCCUCCCUGAUGGGAUUAUACUCUUGAUUCCUGCCCUUUAUUCCUAAAGAGUUUGUGCUACAUGAUCCAGAGGAGAAUAAACUUAUUCUUUGAUCACAUUCCAAAACCCAGUUCUGCUUUCCAGCUUGGCUGUAUAUAUGCCUAACCAAGAUUAACUGAUAAACUGCUAGACAAUAAACAAAUGUGGUUUCUUUA